AUUAAAGUGCCUUUGUCUAGAACAGAGGGAUAUGUUUGUGUGUAUGAAGGGAUGGACUGUACCACUUGUGGCACGUCAAACUGCAGUUCCCUGUCACGUUUUUAGAAAACCCGUAUAAUAUUUUUAAACCUAAAAAUCCUCACAGCAGUCAAAGGGCUGCACUUAAACCAUGCUCCAUUCUGUGAAUAUGGCACCAGCAGGAAGAAAGCCUGGAGGAAAAACUGCUAAACCAGCACAGGACGAACCAGUUGGACAUGCCUAUGAUUUUGAAGAAAAACCAAAAAUACCUUUAAGUGGAUCUGAAGAGGAUAUUGGAGAAGAUGAAACUCCAGUGAUUGAGAAACAUGGGAAAAAAAGGUCUGCAGUGACUCCUCAUGCAGAAGUUGAAGAUGUUGGGGGAGAAGUACAGAAUAUGCUGGAACGCUUUGGAGCGGACAUUAAUAAAGCUCUUCAGGCUAAAAGGAAAAGAUUAGAACUGUACACGAAGUCUUCUCUGAAAACAAGUAACCAAAAGUUAGAACUUGUCUGGAAAACACAACAAGACCAGAGGCUGAAGGUCAACCAAGAAUAUUCCCAGCAGUUCAUGCAUAUUUUUCAACAAUGGGAUGCUGAUAUACAGAAAGCGGAGGAACAGGAAGAAAAACUAGCGAACAUGUUUCGGCAACAACAAAAGGUUUUUCAACAAGCAAGAAUAGUUCAGAGUCAGAGACUGAAGACAAUUAAGCAGCUGUAUGAACAGUUUUUAAAGAGCAUCGAAGACAUGGAGAAGAGUCAUGAAAGUCUUUUAGCAGGCGCACAAAGUGAACUUCGCAAGGAAAUGGCUAUGUUGCAAAAAAAAAUCAUGAUGGACACUCAACAGCAAGAGAUGGCAACUGUUCGCAAAUCUCUUCAAUCCAUGUUAUUCUGAUGGCUCAGUGGAGAAACAACUUCUACCUAAGUAACAUGAUACAAUGUAUACAUUAGCCAAGAAGAAAAAGAGCUCAUGGUUUGCAUUCCAUGUUAAAAAUUACAUAUAGUGUUUGAAAAGUAAUCAACCAGCCAUUCUGAAUUUCAACAGAAGAAAUUAUUAAACUGUUAUUUGUUUG